AUGAUGCUGCGACGCGUGUUGUGUUGUUUUGCUCUCUUGCUGAACGUUGCCUCACUCUGCGUGUCCGGUAGCGGGGCUGCUGGAACUGCUGCAAUUGGUCCUGGUACUCCUUGUAUUUCUGAUUCUUCUGACGCUGAUUGUUCUUCUCCUGGUCCUGCAGCUGUUGUUCAUCCUCCUGCACCUGGUGUUGUCCUCCGCCCUAGUGGUUCUUGCCCUAAUGGCACCCAACCUUGUACUGCUCCUGCUGCUGCCGCUGCUGCUGGUUCAUGUCCUGAUACUGGAUCUACUGGUGCUGAUACUGGUGAUACGUGUACUUCUCCUGCUCAAGGUCCAUCUGGUGGUAGUAAUGGUGGUGGGGAUCGAUCUACAGCAAGAGAACAUGAGUUAACAGGAAAAGAAGGUCAUCCUUCUUCU